GUGCCCGGUCGUCUUUCAACUUCAUCUCAAUUGUUCUUCUGGACUUAUGCGAACAGCUUCAUCUGCAUAAAUCAUAGAGCUCUAUAGCUCUGGAAAAAUUUGUACCUUUCGCAGUUGUCACGCCUUCAAGAUGUCCAUCUCAACUCCUCUAACCACCCUCCUUGGGAUCCAGCACCCCAUCCUCCUCGCAGGCAUGGGCGGCGUUGCUAGCCCCUCGCUCGCAGCCGCGGUGUCCAAUGCAGGUGGAAUGGGUGUGCUAGGCGGAAUCUCGUAUACGCCCGCGAUGCUACGCGACUUGAUCAAAGAGACAAAGUCACUAAUGACGGAUCCAAGUUUACCCUUUGGUGUGGAUCUACUGAUUCCGCAGGUUGGAGGGAAUGCAAGGAAGACGAAUUACGACUACACAAAAGGCUCAUUGAGCGAACUUAUCGACGUUAUCAUUGAAGGCGGAGCAAAGCUGUUCGUAUCUGCAGUGGGUGUACCACCGAAAUGGGUAGUAGAGAAGCUGCAUAAGAACGGGAUACUGUACAUGAACAUAAUAGGGCACCCGAAACACAUUCACAAAGCCUGCGCCAUUGGCGCCGACCUCAUCUGCGCCCAAGGCGGCGAAGCAGGCGGCCACACAGGCGAUAUCCCCUUCAGCGUCCUCAUCCCCGCCUGCGCUGACGUCUGCAAACAAUAUACCUCGCCCCUCACUAGCCAACCCGUCCAGCUCGUCGCCGCUGGCGGAGUCAACGACGGCCGCAGCCUCGCUGCCGCGCUGAUGUUCGGCGCAAGUGGGGUUUGGGUGGGGACGCGCUUCAUUCCCGCGAAAGAGAGCGGUGCGAGCGAGUAUGCGAAGAAGCUCGUCGUCGACGCCGGAUUCGAUUCGGUGGUUAAGAGUACGAUCUGGACUGGCCGCCCACUACGCGCGGCACGGACGCCGUAUAUCGAUGAUUGGGAGACGAACCGGCAGCAGGAGAUUAAGGAGUUGACGGCGAAGGGGGUUUUACCGGCUGAGUAUGAUCUUGAUAAGUUGAGCGCGGCGGGGAAGUUGACGGAGGAGAUUGAGGAGCAGGCGGCUGUUAAGCCCAUGGGGAUUGUAGCGGGAUUGGUCAACAAGAAAGAUCAGUCUGCUGGCGAAAUUGUGAAGGACAUUGUAGAAGAGGCGGUCGGGCUGCUGAGGGGGGCGAGUGGGUUUGUAAAGACGGCUUCGAGACUAUAAGUGCAGUAUGUAUAGCCAGCUAAUGAGGCCACAAUGGGACCUGAGAGACUCUGAAGUGUAGAUCUUCGUUAUUGUAACUCGACAGCUAUCUAAUCGUAAGGCCAAGCGGUUUUGGUUUGGGCUUGAUAGGGUGCAGAAACGAGGAAAAAGAAAUCUUGUAAAGAAGACUCUGCUAAUGUCAGGUGACAGAUACGUUUUUCCGCUAAGGGUAGGCGGAGAUACUAAUGAUGAGGAACGCCUAUCUAGAUCUGGGGAGAGAACGCUCUAUAGGGAAACUUGGUGACUUGGUUCAUGGUCAGGCCGU